GUUUGCUUUCUUUCUGCUUGAAGCUCAAAUCUGCGAUCUGAAUCCAAUCGAUCACCAGAGAGACAGAGAAGCAGAUUAACAAUGGCAGUUGCAGGACCCGACCCGUUGUUUGGACUGAGAAACAACUUCUACUUGGGGGCAUACCAAGCCGCCAUCAACAACAGCGAGGUCCCUAAUCUCUCCCCGGACGACGUCGUUGAGAGAGACGCUCUCGUCUUCAGAUCCUACAUUGCUCUCGGCAGCUACCAGCUCGUCAUCAGUGAGAUCGAUGCCUCAGCCUCUACUCCUCUCCAAGCCGUCAAAUUGCUCGCUAUUUACCUCUCCGGCCCCGAGAAGAAGGAAAUGGUGAUUUCAAGUCUCCAUGAGUUGCUAGGGGACCCAGCUGUUGGAAGCAAUCCCAUCUUGCGCCUUAUUGCUGGGAUCAUUUUCAUGCAUGAGCAGGAUUACAAUGAAGCUUUGAAGUAUACAAAUGCUGGAGGAACUAUGGAAUUGCAUGCUUUGAAUGUCCAGAUCUUUAUUAAGAUGCACAGAUCAGAUUAUGCUGAGAAACAAUUGAGGAUCAUGCAACAAAUUGAUGAAGACCAUACACUGACCCAACUUGCAAAUGCUUGGUUAAACAUGGCUGUGGGUGGGUCAAAGAUACAGGAAGCAUAUCUUAUCUUCCAGGAUUUCUCUGAGAAGUACCCUAUGACUAGCUUGGUCCUGAAUGGCAAGGCUGUUUGCUGCAUGCACAUGGGAAAUUUUGAUGAGGCUGAGACACUAUUGCUUGAAGCCUUAAACAAGGAUGCAAAGGAUCCUGAAACACUGGCAAAUCUGGUUGUUUGCAGUCUUCACCUUGGGAAACCAUCCUCACGCUAUCUCAGCCAAUUGAAAUUGUCUCAUCCAAAUCACAUGCUUUGUGUCACUUUGUUUUGCAGCCAAUUGAAAUUGUCUCAUCCAAAUCACAUGCUUGUCAAACGCUCAUCUUCCGCAGAGGAGAAUUUUGACAGAGCGGUGCAAACUAUUGCUUAAGGAACAAAGUGUCAGAUGGCAUGCAAGUUUUACAUUGAUUUACCACCCUAGAGAAGAGCUAUAUCAUAUCAGGACUGAACCAAAGGCACCAACACUGCAUUUUGUCUUUCUAUCCAACUAAGAGAAUGGUUUGUACUAAGACUGUUUAUAUUAAACUCACUGGAUUUUCAUAUUGGACUCGUUUUAUAGUUUGUUGCACCAGAUCUUUCCUAUAUACACAUCAAUUUCUCAAUAUUGAGUAAAUACAAGGUGGCAGGACCCUCUUCUUCUU